AAGUUGCUGCCGCAGACAGCAGCAGUACAACAGCAAAAAAUCUGUUUUUGAAUUUGUAAACCAUGAUGAUUUUUUAAGCGAUGCCUUUCGAGGAGGUACAUGGAGAGGAGAAGUGCCUGCCUUAAAUUCCGUACUACUCCCAUGAAGCUGACAGGAACCAUCAUACCACUGUGGUAUGUAUGAGCUAAUACACGAAGUGUGAGUAGCAACGAAUGUCCCAUGUUGCAUUAGUGUCUGUGUGAAAUGCUGGCCUGCCUGCCAGGGCCAGGUGACCUCUCCCUCCAGCUUCUUUCCCACACGCAGAUGAACACUGGACUUCAGAAAUGGGACACUACACAGAGGAUGAGAUCCGCUCAGUAUCCAACCCCUGCGGAAUUGGAUGCUUAUGCUAAGAAGAUUGCCAACAACCCCCUGACCAUUAAGAUCUUCCCCAACAGUGUCAAGGUCCCCCAGAGGAACCACGUGCGCCGCACAGUCAACGGGCUGGAUACUUCAGGCCAGCGCUACAGCCCCUACCCCCCCUCUCAGGCCAACGCCAAGUCCGGCCUCCUUGCCAUCGUCAAGGUGCCUGUCGUCAAGGGCAUCCUCAAAGACUUUGACGGCAGCCGGGCGCGCCUGCACCCCUCUGGGGUCAUCAUGAACCCCCCUGGCCCUCGGGGGCCCUUUACAGCAGCUGCCUCGGCCAGCACUUUAAACCUCCACCACCCCCCUUCCCAAGGCCAGGGCGGGUCCCAGUCUCAGCAGAACCUGAAUCCUCAACUUGCGAGCCAGACUCACCCACAGACUCUACAACAGACUCACCCCCAGCAGCAGCAGGGCCUCAGACACCCACCCUGCAUGCCCCAACAGCAGCACCCGCAACAGGGGCUGCCCAGGCCCCAGACACUGUCCCACCCCCAAGCACUGGGCCAUCCCCAGCCUCCUUCUGGUCUCACCCUCUUGCUCCAACAGCAGCAGCAACAGCACCUUCAGCAGCAGGGGCAGCCACCUCCUGAACUGCAGGGUGGCCGGAAGCUGCCCGAUGGCGACGCACCGCCUAACGUUACAGUCUCUACCUCAACCAUUCCGCUCACCAUGGCUGCUGGCUUGAACCAGAGCCGCCAGCCAGACCUGAGCAGCAUCGUGCACCAGAUCAACCAGUUCUGCCAAGCCCGGGCCCAGGGGGCUGGAGCCACCUCCAUGUGUGAGGGCCAGAUUGCCAACCCCAGCCCCAUCAGCCGCAACCUCUUCAACAACGCCUGCUCCAGGGUGUCCAUGCACAGCAACCCGCACGCCAACGCCUGCCCCCCCGGCCUGCCCCCACACCACAACUGCAUCAUGUGUCCCGCAGACAAGGCUGCUGCCCCCGCUAACCCCCAAAACAACAUGGCUGCCAUGAACAGGAUGCCUGUUUACCACAAUGAUCUCAAACAGCAGCAACACCAACAUAAUUUACAACAGCAGCACCAACAGCAUUUACAACAGCAACACCAACGGCAUUUACAACAGCAGCAGCAUCAACAACAACAACAUAAUCACCAACAGCAGCAGCAGAUGCGCUGGAACCAACACCAGUUGGCCUAUCUACAGCACAUGCAGCAGGACGGUGGGGGCCACCCCUGCAAGCACCCUUCCCGCAUAGGCUACCCCCCGGAGCUGUGUGUGGGCCAUUCAUACAGCCUGAAGCCUCCUAUAGAGAAGCCCACCCCCUCUCCUCCCGUCAACAACAACGGCAUGCCUGGGGGUCCACUGGCCCACUACACCAAUGGUGGCCACUACUUCCAGCCACACGCUGUGUGGAACAGCAGCAUCCUGCCCACGCCCAACAGCGACAGCUCCGGGUCUCAGGACCUGGCCAUGCCGUUCCAUGGGGGGGCCUCAGGGGGCACCACCACGCUAGAUUGCGGCGGGCCCCCUGUGGGAGGCCAUUACAGGCCCGGGGGCGGCGGCUCCACCUCCUCUUCCUCCUCCUCCAGCCAGACUAGUCUGAUGAAAACAGCAGAUUACUUGGGCGGGGACUUUCAGACGCCCUGCUUCCGAGAUCAGAAUCUGGGGCUGAUGGGCAAGAUGCACAGGCCACCAAUGAACAGGGUGGGGCCCGAGGUUGGCCCAGGGGACGGCAGAACCGCUCACAUCCAGCACCCAGGGUACAGAUAAGAUAAGCUAUGGCCGGCAUUGUCUAUACAGCAGUUAUCAAAAACAAGAACCUUCUUCUUUUAGUCUUAAGAAUGGAAAAACAUGAAAUACAAUUAAAUUAAGUAAAAAUGAACACUGACAUUAAAAAAAGGACAAAUAUAUUUAAUAAAGAGCAGUGUUUUCUUUUUUUGUAGUCAAUCUUGCAAGUGAUCAAUUGAUUUUGUAAAUGAGUGCUUUCAGUAGGCACCCUCUAGGGAACGUUUCUUAUGUAUGUGAUUGUCGUCAUUCCCUACCUUUUUUCCCAUCCUACCUGUCUGUCAGUGUGCCUGGAUCUAAGGAUACAGAGUUAUUUUGACUUCAGAUCUGUCCUAAGAGUUUUUUUAUUUUAAGCAUAAAAGAUGUCUCCUGCAGACGAUGGAUGAAAACACACUGAUCGUUGAUGGAGGAAAGAAAACACAUUCUCAUAAGGAUCUUGAUGUUUUUACAGGGUCGAGUGGGGAUUUCUCCGCUCCGACUAGUUUUAUUGGACAAGUGGCUAAUUUUCCCUUAUUACGUUUACAUGUGAAUCUCGUUGUGACAUCGAAAUUAAAAGCAUAUAUAUAUAUAUAUAUAUAUAUAUAUAUGUGGAACUGUCAGUCACUGGACACUACAAAGUAAAGACGGAGACACUUGCCAUAUGCACAUGUACAAAGAGGCUUUUUUUCUUUUCUUUUUUAUGUAUUUAUUUGUGUAAUAGGACUGUUUUAUGAAUCAGGUCACCCACUGUUCAAGGUUGAUUCCUGUCUAUCAUCGAAGUAUCUAAUCAGGUUGAUGUUUGUACAGAGUAUAGAUAUAUGCUGUAUUGACAUCUAGAUCCUGCAGGGAGCAAUUUAAUGUGGGGACUGACUGGGGGAGCCAACCAACCGAUGCUCUCUUGCUCAAAAUGCUGCAAUGAAUUCAGGUGUCUGUUACAAACCAUUUUGUCACCAUUGCCAAUUGAGGUUGGCAACAUGAUUGUGGAAUAACAUAUUUUUAUUUAAAUGGAGUGAAAAAAUUAAUCAAAUCUGUUCAUUCUGUCUGAAUCCUGAAAUGGCCAAAGUCACAUUGACAUAAUAUGUGACUUUUUAUGUUGCUUACAUUUUUUUCCUAUAAUUUUGGUAAACCCGAAAAAUAUUACUUGAAUUGUUGAGAUGCAAAGUUCUGUUUGGCAGUUGUUUAGUGAAGGGAGGAGGCUAGUUAUCAGGACUAAACCUUACUACUGGAGUGGAAGAAAUAUAAUUGUUACUAAUAUUAUAUUAGAAACUAACGAUGAACCAAAUCAGUUUUGAUUCUGAGUUUAAAAAAAAAUGUUUUAUUUAUCAUUAAGUUAGGUGUAGUUGCUACUGAUUCUGAUAUGACGUGUGCUUGAAGAGACCAAAUUGAUCACUUGCAAGAUCACUUGGAGGUAAACAAAAAUGACUUAAGUUAAACAGCAAAUGCAUUGUUUAUUUUAUUGUACACUGGCUUACCUACUAUACUACUCUAACUUUAAAGUGUAGUGUGUGUGUGUGUGUGUGUGUGUGUGUGUGUGUGUGUGUGUGUGUGUGUGAUGCCUGCUGACGUGGGUUGAGUAUAAACUUGUGUUUUGUAUGUGCUCGUGUGUGUCUGUAUGUGAGAGUGGGUGGACACUGACAUCCACAUUCUGUUCACCUCCCUCCCAAACAGCCCUUAAAAAGCCUUAAGUAUUUGGUCCUUGGACUUUCCUUUGAAAACAAGCAUGGUUAUAAUGAAAAUCAAAAAUUAUGAUGGAAGAUUGCAAGGAUACAUACAGAGGAACAGCAAUUUCUGUUAAACAUUUUUUUAUGACGUUUUUGUUGAAUAGAAAAAGCAAUUCCUUAGAUUCUUUUUUUUACGAAAACAAGAAAUGGAGUAAUAUUUUGUAAUUAUAUUUUAAAGCUAUGUGUAGUUACUGGGUUGUAACAAAAAAAAUCAAAGUUUCAACGCUUCAGUUGUGACUAUUUAUAAUACUUGAUUUUCUUGUUAUUUAAAUCUUAUUUUUCCUCUUUGUUCCCUUUACUAUUGCUGUGAAAUGGAAGACGGCCCAAUAAGCCUUUCUUUUACGUGUCACUCUGGCUGUACAACAGAUAAGACGCAAAAGCGUGAGAGUUGUGCUACUCUUUUUGUAAUAUUGUAAUAAUUAAAUAAAGUUCUAAUUUAUGCUUUGAAAUUAGUGUUCUAUGGAUGUCAUGUUCUUUUGAUGCCCAAAUGCCUGUUCUCUUAUUUGAUGAGCCGUACAGAACUUACAAAUAUGAAUAGGCCUAUUUGUAUGUAUAAGUUUACUACCCUUCAUUCAAUGAGAACAGAUGGAACAAAUUGGAAUCUUUUUAACCUUGUUUGUGUCCAGACCAUAUACCUGUCUGCUCACUGCCUAGUAGAUCUGCAUGGGUUACCCCCCCAUUGAGUUUUAUAGUGUUACCCCCUGAUUGGUUGAAUGAUUUCCUUAGAUGAGACUGUAUUCCAUGUUUUUUCCAUUUUAGUCCUUCAGAUUUCAUUUCAAUAGAAGGUUACUGUGUGAAAUAAAGAUUUACCUGCAUCAUCA